AUGCCUACAGUGCCCGAUCCAGCUUCCGCCACUGCGACAGAUCCUCCUCUCUGCGGAAUUUGUCCCAAUGAAGCUACAAUCACUUGCGUGAUAUGCGACAAUAUGAAGCACUACUCGACCAUCUGUCAAGAACGCGACAUCAUGCAGCACGACAUACUCUGCGGCAGUUUUGAAAAUUUCAAAGAGCGCCCCAGUCCCAAUCAUUUCCGCGCCAUCUACUUCCCCAUCGACUCAUUCUAUCCACGCUUCAUCUGGCUGCGCAUGACGGGCACGCGCGGCUCGCACAAUGUAGACGCAGCCGAUAUAUCACAGUAUCUGAUUGGAGUCCGAUCUGCCCGCAUCCACACCUCAUCGCAUUACGGCAUUACUCCAGAGCGCGACUACGAGACCACGAUCGUAGUUCAGCACGAUGAGAACUUGUUUGGCAGCGGUCAGCCACUUAACCUGUGUCUUUCCUUCCUGCUUGGCAUUUGGCCACUUCGCUGGCGUGGGGCGUAUGUGGCUCAUGCAUACAAGUACACUGCAAUGCCGGACCCGUCCUGA